UUCCAGUGUGAUUCGCCAUGACGACUGAAUCAGGAGCCGACUCUGAGCCCAAGCAGCAGCAGGGGAAAGGAGGGAAGGAGAAAGGAGGGAAGGAGAAAGGAGGGAAGGAGAAAGGAGGGAAGGAGAAGACAGCAGAACACUUCCCAGCCGCCGCGGGACACAGCACACCUGCCAAGAAUAACCAGUUUGAGGAGGACCUGUCGUCCACCAGGUCGUCAACCAGUCGCCUGUCAAUCAAGUCUCCACUGAGGGGAGUCAGGAAGCUGAAGAACAUGCAGUGUAAAAUCACCCUUCUAGAUGGCUCCGACUACACCAUGACGGUGGAUAAACGAGCCAGAGGCCAGCUGCUGUUUGCCAAGGUGUGUGACCAUCUGAACCUGCUGGAGACGGACUACUUUGGCAUCACGUACCGCGACGUGGAGAACCAGAAGAACUGGCUUGCCAACAAGGAACUGAAGAAGCAGAUAAGGAGUGGCCCCUGGAACUUUGCCUUCAACGUCAAGUUCUACCCCCCAGACCCUGCCCAGCUGUCUGAAGACAUCACCAGGUACUACCUGUGUCUCCAGCUGCGUGAUGACAUGGUGUCUGGUCGUCUCCCCUGUUCCUUCACCACCCACACCAUACUGGGCUCCUACACGGUCCAGUCAGAGCUGGGGGACUACGACCCCGAGGAGACGGAGUACAACAGUGAGCUCCGCUUCGCUCCGAACCACACCAAGGAACUAGAAGAUAAGGUCAUGGACCUACACAAGAACUACAAAGGGAUGACCCCAGCUGAAGCAGAGUUACACUUCCUGGAGAAUGCCAAGAAACUGUCCAUGUAUGGAGUAGACCUGCAUCACGCCAAGGACUCUGAAGGCGUAGAGAUCAUGCUAGGAGUGUGCUCCAGUGGUCUGCUCAUCUACAGAGACAGACUGAGAAUCAACAGGUUUGCCUGGCCCAAGGUCCUCAAGAUCUCCUACAAGAGAAACAACUUCUACAUCAAGAUACGCCCCGGAGAGUUUGAGCAGUUCGAGAGCACGAUUGGCUUCAAGCUCCCUAACCACCGUGCAGCCAAGAGGCUGUGGAAGACCUGUGUCGAGCACCACACGUUCUUCAGGUUGGUGUCUCCAGAGGCCCCCCCGAAGAAGUUCCUAGGUCUUGGUUCUAAGUUCCGCUACAGCGGUAGAACCCAGGCUCAGACCCGGAGAGUCUCCUCUCAGAUCAUCAGGGCCGCGCCCAUCUUCGAACGCUCCUCCUCCAAACGCUACACCAUGUCGCGCAGCCUGGACGGAGGUACAGAGUUCAU